AUGGCUAACUGUGACAACAAUCCGUGGAAAAAGAAUGCUUGGGGAAAGAGCGAGGUUCGUUUUUUGAAAGACAUUUGUAGUCCUUCAUAAAGAAUGUUUUAGGAGAAAGCAGAAGAGCCCGUGGUCUGCUUCGCGGAUGUGAUGAGCGAGGAAUUCAUAGAAGGAAUGAGUCUGCAGGAGAAGCUGGAAGAGGAUAAAUACUUGAAAGUAUCCCAAAUUCCAAAGAAAAAGGGAAUUUAAAUGAAAUUACAGCAAUUGGCUCAAAUGUACGGCCCCACCUCGACCUCGGACGAUCAGUUGCCGAUCAACACGGAAGGGAUGACAGACGAGGAGGUGGCACAGGCUCUCCAACGUCAUUUCGACCGGGAGGCAGAGGUGGCUCGUGCUGUCGCUUCCUCCAGUUCGGUUCAUAUCGCCCCUGACCGAUACCAUCCUAAGACGAUGCAAGAGACCGAUUCGGAAGGAGAAGAUGACGAUGCGCUGCGACAGGCCGCCACCGAUAUGCUCUACGCGAAGCUUGAUGCUGAGAACGCUAUGGAAUCGCGUCUCCGUCCGGAAGGGCAGGGAAUCUCGCGCACUAAGCACGACAUCGGGGUCAGCGGGCGUCGGAAUGCCGAUAAAACAUUCAAUGUAAGUACGGCCACUUCGCAACUGCUCAUCCGUUUUCCAGGAUCGUAACUCACUUCCAACUGGGGAUAUGGUUGGUGACAACAUCAACAACAAAGUGUUCAAUACACUGAUGGCAUUCGGAAAAAGCGAGUCGAAACGUCAGAUGAGAAACAAGGACAAGGAGGAAAAGGCGACGAUGGACACUUCGGUAGACAGCGACACCCGUCUCCUUCUGCUCAAAUGGAUCAACCAGGGCGUGUUCGAUUCGGUUGAUGGCAUCAUCGCCACCGGAAAAGAGUCGGCUGUGCUCCACGCCGCUCAGAACUCGGCCACCAGUUACGCCAUCAAAGUGUACAAGACGACGUUGUCCGAGUUUAAGAAUAGAAGCGAGUACGUGAAAGACGACUUUCGAUUCAAAAACCCACGCGGAGUGCUCAAGAUUUGGGCGGAGCGAGAGUUCAUGAAUCUGACGAGAAUGGCGAAGAACGGUCUUCCGUGUCCGCAGCCAGUCAAAGUCCGCCGCAAUGUGCUCGUGAUGUCGUUCCUCGGACACGACGGACUCGCUGCGCCGAGACUCAAAAACGUCGAAUGGGCAUUUUUCACGGACGAGGAGCGCCGAUCUGUGUACGAUCAAGUGCAGACGGUGAGAGUUCUGAUGAUGAGAUCAGAACAUGACACUUCUGAUUUCAGAUUAUGUGCCGUAUGUACAAAGAGUGUCUUCUGGUGCACGCAGAUCUCAGCGAGUUCAAUCUUCUCCUGACGCCAGACAACAAAGUGCACGUGAUUGACGUCUCGCAAGCGAUGGAUCUCUCCCAUCCGCGCAGUCUCCAGUUCCUCACACGAGACAUCCACAAUGUCAUCGCCUUCUUUUCGCGCAUUGAAACUCCGAACCUCCCGACUAGCGUGCAACUUUUCAACCUGAUCACCGAGUUGGAAAUGUCCGAAGAUAACGAUCUUUUGGUGCAAGUGGAGCAGUUCUCCGAGGAGAAUCGGUCAGUUGACCUGCGACACGACAAGUCUCGUCCGGCCGAUAUGGAAUUAAAAAAGUAUAACGAAGAGAAGAAGGCGAAUAGAGGAGUGUCUCCCGCCCGUGAAUACAAUUGA